GGGCGUGGCUUGUAGUUCGAGGAACUGAUCCGGCUGGGUUGACUUCCUCACCGGGGAAGAGUGAACUAAACCCGGAGCCAACAUGAGCAGCAACCGGAGUGAGAACGGGGCUGCGGAGGCAAAAAGUGAGGAAGGCGAGCUGAGCUCUACGUCCCGUGCUUCGGCCAGAUGGGGUCCUCAACACGCAGGCGCUCGUGAGCUCGCAAAUUUAUAUUCCCCAGGUAAGAGGUGUCAGGAAUGGAUCAGUGUUAUUCUCUGUUUCACGCUCAUGGCCUUUAAUUUCUUUUACCUCCUCGCCCACUUCCACCUGGGCCAUGCCUGGUACAUCCUUCUGGGAAUUGUGGCAGGAAUCCUUACUGCAGACUUUGCCUCUGGACUGGUACACUGGGGUGCUGACACGUGGGGGUCUGUGGAUUUGCCCAUCGUUGGAAAGGCAUUUAUUCGUCCAUUUCGGGAACAUCAUAUCGAUCCCACAGCCAUCACACGGCAUGAUUUCAUCGAGACGAAUGGUGAUAACUGCAUGCUGACGAUCAUUCCCCUGGCUAACAUGGCCUACAACUUCCACACUCUAACACCAGCGGAGAUUUAUCAUAUCUUCCCCUGGUACUGCUAUUUAUAUUCUUUGGCCAUCUUUGUUACACUGACCAAUCAGAUCCAUAAGUGGUCUCACACUUAUUUUGGGCUGCCAUGCUGGGUCACCCUCCUGCAGGACUGCCAUAUCAUCCUCCCUCGCAAACACCACAGAGUUCAUCAUGUAUCACCUCACGAGACCUAUUUCUGCAUCACUACAGGCUGGUUGAACUACCCCCUGGAGAAAGUUGGCUUCUGGAGGACUCUGGAGGACAUCAUCCAGAGCCUGACAGGAGAGAAGCCCAGAUCAGAUGACUUGAAAUGGGCCCAAAGAACACAGUAAUGUUACUCUGGUGUGUGUCCCUCUCCUACCUCAUACCUCUGUACAGAGGUCCAGCCUCCAUCUGUCCUCCUCAUUCAGCUCCCAAGCAUUGACCCAGCCAGUGGGGAUGAUAAGAACUGAAUGAUGCUGAUAAUGCAAAAUCUUCCAGCCCUCAAAGAGAAAAAAAGGAGGAGAGAAGUGGAGAGUGUGUUUGCAAGCAAUACUUUUCCAUACUUCUCAUCCAGCAACAGCUCUCAAAUCUCUUUUUAUACUCAUCAAUAUUCUCCCUAUUUCCUGCACAAAGAAGCCAUUUUACCUCCGCUAUAGGGGUAUUAAGCAUCCAAAAAUGCCAUGCUGAUGAACUUGAAACCCUGAAGCAAAAUGAAAAAUCCAUAUUUUUAAAUACUUGAACAGUGAGCUGCAGUUCAAACAGAUGCCUUUAAAAAAACACACACAAAACAAAAAAAAAGAUUUCUGCAGACUGACAAGUAUGUAGGAAUGCUACUCUUAACAUUUUGGUCUGCAGUAAGGAAACCAUGUCUUUAUUGGCCCAUCUUUUAUUAUUGACAUCAUGGCUCGUAAUAAUGGAGGGCUGGAAUCGGUGUCUUCACUUUUUGGUUGACGUCUGAACAGACAAAGCUGAUGAAUAUGCAGUCUUUUCUCAGUCUGCCUUACUUAUGCAGUACAUGCAGCAGAGUCAGUUCACUCUGGUCUCUCUCUCUCUCUCUCUCUCUCUAGCUAUCAUACACACACACUCCACAAUGUACACAUUUCACUCCUCACUUACUGUAAGCACUUACUCCAUACUACAAACUUUUGGCUUGUGAAUCAUACACACUUUUGAUACAGUAUGUUUUCCACAUUGUUACACAUCCAUUAAUGAAGAUGUGCUAUUUCUUUCCUUUUUUUGCACAAGCACAUUCUCGCUUCUUAAUGUUCUGGCUCUGUUCUGGUGCUCUAAAGACAAACAUAUAAAAAAGAUUUAUUUAUAAAGAACACGUGCUAGAAACUGACUGUUCAGUGGAGGUUUUAAGAACUUAACACAUCCUUAACCUAAUUACAAUUUAGAUGCUUUGAAAAGACUUGUAGACUCAUUUAAUUCUUAUUUUUCUUGUCUUAAAUGAUCAUGUAAUUAUUUUUAAGCAUGGUUGCUUGACUAGUUGGACGUUAAUUUACAUUGUUCAUGCGAGAGACAGAAGGUCUCCUUUGUCUAACACUUUAUAACUGCAUACAGCUAAUGAUAAUGGGUCUCUAACUGCAGAACAAAAAGAAUAUUAAUUAUCAUCAUAUUCCAGUUUUUAGAUAACAUCAACAUUAAGCACCACUUAGCACUAAGCUACUAAACUAGUCACUCACCUUGUUCCACUGGUUUCAUCUCAAUAUGUAUUGGGACUGUGAACUAUGUGUAUAUUCUCAACAAAAGAUUUAUUUCUAAUAGUGUACUAAUUGCCAUAGUUAGAAGGUCAGAAUUCCUCCGUACAACUACGUUCUUCAAAAUUAUUACUUGAAAAUCUAUGAAUCUAUAAUGAUACGUCUGAUUUGUCUAGACAGAAUAGUUUUUUUGUAUAAACAAGGUAUUUUAUUUAUAUAUAUACACCUCUUUAUAUAUAUAUACAACAACAACAAUCAAUGGCUUUUUUUGUCCAAAGGUGUUUAAUUUGAGCCAUUUUUAAUUUUCCGUCUUCGUCAACUGUUGAGUUUGUCCCGUUGUACCGAAAUAUUGCGUUUAUUCCUCAGUUUAGACAUUUUCCAAUCUCCGUCUCUUUGAGAGUUAAAUAUUAAACCUUGUUUGAUCAAAUGAAAACCAACAAAGUUAUAUAUAAUGUGGUAAUAGGUUGCUUACUAUGUAGGAAAUGUUCAAUCAUAUGACAGUAUGCCAAAUUUUUAAAGCUCUAGUCUUUGAAGAAACUUUAUAUUUUUUAUGUAGGCCAAUAUAGAGAAGUAUGUAAAUAGCACUGUUGGAUAUUUAAAGGGUCAACAUUUUUAAAGGUCAUUAAUUAUAACUGUGUCAAAUUACAUGGAGCAUAUGAACAAUUGCCAGGAUUUUUUUUUUUCAUAAAAUUAUUUGUGAAAUGUGCACAUUUUCAGACAUUUUUACAUUAAGUUGUAGUUUUUUUUUUUCAAGUAUGGGUUUGUAAAUUAAAGUUCAAGUGUUUUUUUUUUUAUUGAUUAUUUAGAUGAUUGAACUUGAUCGGCAUGUUGCAGUGUGAUUAGACUGGUGUUACUUUCAACUAUGGAUAAUUAAAUGGUGGUAAAUGGACAGUUUUUAUGGCUGCACAUAGGAAUUUCGGACAGGUAUUCUGUGAAUUGGAGUCUGUUACGUGAAUAAUGAAAUCAUACAUUCAUAAUGGUUCCCAUGUGAAAAGCCACACUAAUUUGAUCUCAUUGGUACCUCUAAUUUAUUGUCAAGAUUGAUUGAAUAUUUAAUGUAUCCACUUAUUUCUGCUUGUGCGGAUUAUUAAGAUUUUUAGGAGCACCAGUUAUGUUCAAACCUUUAGGUCAUAAUCUGCCAAUAGGUCAACAUUUUAAAUAUGGAGAAUUUAGACUAUUUAAAUUUAUUGGUUGGAACAAUCCUUCAGUAAUGGUGUUUACUAGAUGUGACUUUGAGGUUCCACUUUAUGACUGUAAAGCUGUUUGAAUUGGAUUUGUAACCUGCAGGAAUUUUACUAACUUGGCCAUAAAACAUCAUAAAAUUUGCCUACAUGUCUGAAGUUAUUAUGAUAUUAUUAUUGUGGUGUAAUGAAUGCGGCUUUAGGUGUGUUGGACGAUCUUAUGAUGGCGCUCGGUCUAUUGGACUUUUGAAACGGUGAUAGGACAGAAACAAUAAUGUCAGUGUCCAUUGAUUCAUAUUCACAAGCAUAAAGGGUAAAAAAUAAUCGGAUGUCAUAAUUCUUUUUUUAUUGUACAUGUUUUAUCUUGAUGUAUUUGACUUGAUUAUGUUACAGAAAGAAGAAGGCAGAAACUUGGUACCUAGUAUGUCUGUAGCACUUUCAUAUUUGAUUGUCAAACAUCUCAAGGUCUCAGAUUAGUUAACAUGACUCGAGUUUUAUUCUGCUUGGACAGUUUUCAUGUGGAUGUGGUUGAAGUGGGUUUUGUGGCUGUCAAAUUAAAUAUCAAAUAUAAUGCCUUGAUGCCUUUAUGUUGUCUCCCAAUAGGAAGACUUUAAUUACAUGUAUAUAUUAUAUUUAUAAUGAAAUGAAUAAAGUAUCAAAUAUAAUAAAAA